AUGCGUUCUGUGGUAGAAAUAGGGGCUAGUGUCCCAGCUUUUUUGGGAAAACUAUGGAAAUUGGUUAAUGAUUCAGAAACCAAUCAUUUGAUUUCAUGGAGCCCCGGUGGAAAAACAUUUGUUAUAAAAAAUCAAGCUGAUUUUGCUAAAGAAUUAUUACCAUUGUAUUAUAAACACAAUAAUAUGGCAAGUUUUAUAAGGCAAUUAAAUAUGUAUGGUUUUCAUAAAAUAACUUCUGUAGAAAAUGGAGGCUUACGAUAUGAAAAGGAUGAAAUUGAAUUUUCUCAUCCAUGUUUUAUGAGGGGUCAUGCAUAUCUGUUAGAACAUAUUAAAAGAAAGAUUGCUAAUCCCAAAUCAAUUGUUGCAAGUAAUGAGAGUGGAGAGAAAAUACUCUUAAAGCCAGAAUUAAUGAACAAAGUAUUAGCCGAUGUAAAACAAAUGAAAGGAAAACAAGAGAGCCUUGAUGCUAAAUUUAGUGCUAUGAAACAAGAAAAUGAAGCAUUAUGGAGAGAAGUGGCUAUACUUAGGCAAAAACAUAUAAAGCAGCAGCAAAUUGUGAACAAUCUUAUACAAUUCUUGAUGUCUCUUGUGCAACCGACUAGGGCCCCUAAUUCUGGAGGCAACAAUGUUGGUGUAAAGAGGCCCUAUCAAUUGAUGAUUAACAAUGCUGCACAUAAUUCUACAGAUACUUAUCCUGGCAGAUUAAAAAACAUAAAAUUAGAUAAGGAUAUUGGACUGGAUGAUUUGAAUGAUGAAAACAUGGAGGAUGGUCCAACUAUCCAUGAAUUGGCACAUGAUGAUAUUUUACACAGUGAGGCAUCUCAAGAUUCAUUGGACCCUUCUGCUUUUGUGACUGUGGAUUUGGCGAGUGGUCCUAAAAUAUCAAAUGCUCCUUCCAAUUCUGAUCCGACAACAUCAACACAAUAUCAUGUCACUAUGGAAGAUGGAGAGGAAACUGAUACAGAUCAUACAAGAAUGACAUUUCCUAUUGCACAUACAAAUGGCUACUUAAGGAUACCUGACACUCCACCCAUAGUUACAUCACCUUCACCUACAAUGGGUACAUCUCCAAUAGGUCAAUCUACAAUGGAACAAGUGAUAAACAGUGUGAUUGAAUCACCUGGAUCAUCAAAACCAAAAAUCAGAAGUUGUAGCAAAAAUGUAUCUACAAACCCUAAAGGACUACUCUCUCCAAGCAAUUUUAAUGCAAUAAAUACAUCGGCUGAUUUCAAGCUCCCAGCUGAAAUAUUUGCAAGUGAUGAUUCUGUCAGUGAUGCUGGUGUCACAACAACAGAAGAUCUAAAUGCCCUACAAGACUCCAUACUUUCCGAACAGGCUAUCUCAAGUUCUAAGGACAAGAUGCUUGGAGGCAUUAAUAUCAAGCUUGAAAAACCAGAAUAUGUCAAAACUGGAAAGAAAUCUAAGAAGUCAAAAGAUAAUAAUAGCAUACAUAAUUUGAAUUUGACUGAUAUUAAGACUGAACUUCAGGAUGACUUUGACUGGAGCAACAUGACAUUAGCAACCAUUAAUAAUAAUUUGAAUGUAAAUAGGUUACAAUCUGUGUAUAGAAGAGAUAACAGUCAAAAUAGGGAUGAAUAUUCUUCCCAAUUUGGAACAAAUUCAAACAAAAAUGACAUCGAUGAUCAUUUGGAUACUAUGCAAACAGAUUUGGAUUCCCUCAGAGAGCUGCUCAGAAGUGACACUUACGCCUUAGACACAAACACACUAUUAGGGAUUGAUGAGAGCGUAGGACCUACAGUUUCACACCAUACAAAACAAAAUCUGUUUGGAUCAGAUGAUCCUUUCUAUGGACUGGCUUACAAUUCAUCGGAUGACAGAGCUAAAAGUGGCAACAAUGAUACAACCAAACAGUAUCCGAUGAUUGAUUUUGAUUGGCUGAUCGCGAAGAAGCUGAAAGGUGAAAUUUCGAAUGUAAGCAGUGACGAGAUUCGCGCCCAGAGCCCGUUCACUGAAGAUGAUGCUGAAGGGAAUCAGCUUAUAUCAUAUACAGGGAAUAUUCCAGACUUUGAGGAUAUAAGUAUACCGGAUUUAGAAGAUAACUCUCAAGACUGUUUGUCGCCAAGCCCUAGCAGCUCCACUUUGAACACGCCUCAAGUACAAUUGAAUUCACCUUCCUAUAAUGUGAAACCA